AUGUCUUCCUCUUCCUCAUCUUCCAGUGAAAGCAACAGCAGAGCAACAUCGCUGGAAGAUUUAAAAGGCAAGUGGGCAAACUCAGACUACAGAAGGGUCAUCAGUUACAGUGCAGAGUAUCUUCUGUUUAGAAACAAAUCUAAAAGACUCUGCGUUUUUUUGCUUAAUGCCACAUCUUUUGUCAUUGUAACUGGGACUUAUAACCCUUCUCGUCUGCCUUUUCUGUUGCUUAAAUUAGAUCUAUCAACAUCUACUCCAGCAAAUGAGGACAAAACAACCCUGCCAGCUAAAUGUGAAACAGGAGGUGCAGCCACUUUAGAUGUGAGUCCCAGUGAGAACCAUAGAGAGGAGCAACACCGUUCGAAACUUAGCAGUACGCCAUCAGUGAGACACAGAUCCAAGACUCACGCUCAGUUGAUAAAAGACAAGUUGGGCCAGAUCAAAGCUGAGAUGCAGAAGAUCUCUGAAGUCCACCUGCAUCAGCGCCCUGAGAGGAAAGCAUAUCAUCCUUUUGUGUGGAAUUCUCUGAGUCCAUACAGAGACACUACUGAGAUUGACCAUCUCCUCACAAUGACAACUGAUCCGGACAGAAGAAAAUGCUAUUCUUCAGUGAAGACCGAAAGCACUCAGCUGUCUAAAUGAUACCUUCCUUUAAAUUGCUGAAUAUGCCUAAGUAUGCCUCAACCUACACGCAUCCUUGUUUGUAUUCACGACAAUACACACACACACACACACACACACUUACUCUGUUUAUAACAUGCUGUGCAAAAAUUCUUAGGCCAUUUGUAUUUUCAACCAAAAAAAUUGUCAGCUUAUUUCUAUUAUUUAUUUUGCUGUA